CAGUUUCGGCCUGUUCCGCGACCGCUCGGUCAUUUUCGCCUCUUUGUUUUACUGAUAGUGGAUUUAACUCGGAUUCAACCUAACAUCCAACGGACCGUGCUGCUCCCAAACAGGCUUUGAUAAGAGGCUCUUCAUGAUGAGCAGCUAACACUGACUGCCGCACAACCACAGGAAGAGACGUGGCUGCUGCACCACCCACAGUUGACGCAUGGCGGUAUUAGGGAACCCCGACAUGCUGACGAGGAAGAUAAAGCUGUGUCACAUCAACGCCCACAUCACAUGUCGUCUGUGUGAGGGCUACCUGAUUGACGCCACCACCGUCACAGAGUGCUUACACACCUUCUGCAGAAGCUGCCUUGUGAAGUAUCUGGAGGAAAACAACACGUGCCCCACGUGUAGGAUUGUUAUUCAUCAGAGCCAUCCACUGCAGUAUAUCGGCCAUGACAGAACAAUGCAAGACAUUGUCUAUAAGUUGGUACCGGGACUACAAGAGGCGGAGAUAAAGAAACAAAGGGAAUUCUAUCAGAAGUUGGGGAUGGAGGUGCCCGGAGACAUUAAAGGAGAACUUUGCAACAUGAAGACUCAUCUAGAUCAACGCAACGGUGAUGCCAAAUCAGAAGACACAGCCAAUAAGGAGGCAGGAGAGGAGAAACCAGAGGAGGACAACGACUAUCACCGUAGUGACGAGCAGGUCAGCAUCUGCUUGGAGUGCAACAGCAGCAAGCUUCGCGGUCUGAAGCGCAAGUGGAUCCGCUGUUCAGCACAAGCCACGGUCCUCCACCUCAAGAAGUUCAUUGCCAAAAAGCUUAACCUGACAUCAUUUAAUGAGCUGGACAUUUUAUGCAACGAGGAAAUCUUGGGGAAGGACCACACUUUGAAAUUUGUUGUUGUUACAAGAUGGAGAUUUAAGUGUCUUAUAGUGGGUGUGGGGAGCCACAGCCCCGCCUCCCAGGACCUGAAGCAGGCAUGGAGUAGACCCGGACCACAGUCAUCCAAAGACCCAAGACCCAAGAACACCUUAGCCCCCAGCAGGGAUCUGACAGAGCCAGGGGGCUGA